ACUUUACUUCUCGAGCACCUAAGAUACUCAGUAGAGAUGACCCAAGCACACCUUUCUUAUUCUCGACCAUCACUAAUGCCGAGAUGGGCAAUCAUCAUCAAUGCAAAAGUAGUGGGAAUGUUAGUAGAGGUGAAAGCAGAAAUGAGGAAGAGGCCGACGCUAGUGAUGGGGUGGUCUGAUCAAUGGCUGAUGAUAACCUGGGAACUGUUCACCACGGGGAGUAUGGAGAAGCUGAUCGUCACAGUGAGGCCGAUACUGGUGGUGAGUUGUCUAUUAGUCUCUAACUCGAUAUGGGGGAUGAAGAUGCAGGAGCUUCAACCCAGCUUCACCACGGUGAGGGGAAAGUGACAGAUUAUUGCGGCAGAGAGCCCUAAGAAGAAAGAAUGGAAUUUGAAAAGGAAGGUGGAGCUACUGCCUUUCCAUGAUAAGUGCUUUACAACUAUCCACUCCUUAAUAAUGAAUAUUAUAAUUUGAAAUAGUAGGGGCGUACUGAAGCCCAAUUUUCAGGAGUAUGUCAGAGAGUUGGCUACAAAUCACAAUCUAGCCAUCUUGAUCUUAGUGAUUAUGGAGACUAGAUUGGGUGGAGAAAGAGCCAAGGGAAUUAUAAAUAGACUUCUGUUUGAUGGCGCCAUUCACAGUGAAACAAUCAGAUAUGCUGGAGGCUUAUGGCUGCUUUGGAAUUCUUACCUCGUGGAGGUGGUGCAGUUAGCUAAUACGAAGCAGGAAAUCCAUGUGAAAGUGAAGGAUUGCAACCCAAAGAUAUUUGACUUUUCGACCAUGAGUGGAGGUAUUCUUGGUAAGCUGACUCGCCUCAAAGAGAAAUUGUUGAGUGUUGGCUAUGAUAAUCAAGUAGAAUCCUUUCCCUUAGGUGGACCAGAGGAAGGUGGAUUUGAGGUAACCUACCACGAUGUCUUCUCUUAUGGCGUUGUUUUCCUGGGGCUAAUAACUAAAAGAAUUGUGGACAAGGAAGAUACUCUGAAGACUUUGGUUUACCCUUGGGCCUGGAAGCAGUAUAGGCCUAAUCGUUAUCUUGUGCAUGAAAGCCUUGUUGAAGGCCCUGGCUUUUAUGCUUCUGAUGGAAUAAUGAUAACUGAGCUUGCCAUGUGCUGCAUUCAAAUGGAACUUGAUAAGCGUCCUUUCAUGAAGGAUGUUGUCAAGUGUCUAGAGGGUUUACAAGCUGUUCAACUUUAUGGCAAUGUAGUUGGAAUGUGAAAUGUGGGGGAGAUCGACUUGCUUGUAAGUUGAGGCUAGGCUUUGGGUUAGAGUAUACUUGUCCUCUACCAAGGUAAAGGAUACUUGUCCUGUAAUCAAAGUGUAAAUUUGGGAUUUUACUAUGCUUUAACAGAUAUAAACUGGGCUGAGAUUAUGUAUACACCAUGAAAGGAAAAUGUUUCUUUUGAAAACUGAAUUUUGAAGAAUUCCCA